CACAAAUCGUCAUACACAUUUAUUAAACAUAAGAAUUAUAAUAUACUUAGAUGUUUAUUUAACUCUAUCAUUCAUUUGGAAUGCUAAAAUAAAUAAAAUUAAUCCCCAAACGAAAAAUAAAUAAAUGAGUGUCAAGGCCCUCAACAACAUUAAAAUAGUGAAAGCCUGUAAGAAUUGGGCCAAGCCCAGUUUAACCUUUACUGGACUAAUUCUUCAUCUGAUUACGGGAAAAUGAAAAAGAAAAGAAAACUCUCACACCACUUGGCUGCCCCUUUCCACAGUCGGAGCUCGAAACCAAUUACAUUUUCAGAUCGCCGGAACUAAUCAGCUGUUAAUUACUACUCAGAUCGUCGAAUGGCUUCAUCACGGGCUCUCAAAAGGCUGCUCUCAUCAUCGACCCGCUCUCUGAAUCCCUUCCUCCGCCAAUCAGCGGCCUUAUACGACGCUCUCAAUGCCUCCGAUCGUCCUCUGGACCAUCGCCGCCACUUUUCCUCUUCCCCUGGUGGAUUCGACCCGUUUUCUUGGAGGAGAAGCAUGAGCAUGGGCCAAUCGAGUCAGUACUCUUCUGUCUCAUAUGGAAUUGGUGAUGUGGCCCACACUGGUAAAGAGGAGAAGCCGAAGAAAAACGUGCUCCGCCCUUUAUCUCCUCAUCUCCCUAUCUACAAGCCCCAGCUAAGUUCAACCACCUCAAUUCUUAAUAGGAUAUCCGGAGUUUAUCUUUCGGCUUAUUUUCUGGGUUUCUAUCUCGUUCCAAUAAAAUUGGGUGCUGUUAGCUUCAGCUAUGAGGGUUUCUAUCAAUUCUUGUUCUAUUCAUCAAAACUAAGCCUUUUGUCCACUGAGAUUGCUGCCUUAGCUUUUGCCUAUCAUGCUUAUGCCGGGGUCCGUCAUCUGUUGAUGGAUGUUUCCGGAACUGUUUUCUCAAGAAAAUGAAACAACUGCGUUAAACUUUUUCACCGGAUAUAAUAUUUUCGGGUUGGAUCUUGUAAUAAAUAUUAUUCUAUGAAGUUUUUUCUAGCUUUUCUGCGCCUUUAAGCUGGCGCUGUCUGUUGAUUGAGUUGUUUGAGUAUUGAUGAUAAAUUGAUAUAUGUUCGAGACUCUGGUUGCCGUUUGUCAGUCCAAAGUUUUAUCUUCUUUGUUUGAUAUUCGUUGUCAGCAUGAAGUUGAGCUGCACAUAUGUAUAUCAAUUGUAAGUUAGAUAUUAUUCGCAUCACAUGCCUUGCAUGCAAAUGUAUUAUCAUCAUCAAUUAACGUGAAAGAGACGUGCAAUUGAAUAAUCAAUUAUUUUUGCCUCAUGAGAUCACAAUUCAUUUAUCACCUGCUAUGUGC